AUGCGCGCGCUCGCCGACGCGCAUCGUCUCUGGCGAGGGGCGCCGUUCUGGCCGAGCCAGGGCCUCUACAGCCACUUCGUGAUCCCCUCGGUGCAACUCGGCCCCAACCCCUUCCCGACCUCGUCGAUCUACUCGUAUCAAGGCUCGACGCUGCGUUCGUUCGCCGAGCGUAUCGAGGAACACGACGUGAGUACCCGGACUCCUCAGACAUUCGGAGAGCCUUUCGACGAUCCGAACGAGGGGGGAGCUUGUUCCGCCAGGGCCAGUGCUAACCCUGAAAGCUUUUCCACCUUACCGCUCCGGCAGUCGGUCCUCUCCCUCAGCCGCCUCAAGAAGCACAAGAAUCAGCCGGACCCGAAAGUGAGUCUAACCGAGUAGCCAAAGAAUCACUGGAUCGCUCGUUCCCCGACCACUGACCGAGGAGGGGUACGGUUGCACCCCGCACCUGUCCAGAUCGUUCGCUACUACCAACCUUCGCCGCAUUACAUCUCACUGUCCGGCAUCCCCGACAGCGCUACCAUCGCGGCGAUCAAGGCCUCCCGCGCUCGUCCCCUCUCGACGCCCUCCGUUACCCAACACGAUUACACCUUCGCAUACCUUCCACGUAACGCCCCCCACCCUCUCCUCUCCCCUGGGUUUUAUUGCCCCACGUCCCUCGACGGCAUGGCCAAGGUCUCGCCAGGGGCUCUCCUCCUCGCCGAGACGUUGCGCAACAUCUCGACGCGCUCCGUGCAGGGGACGACGUUCCGCGUCCUUCUCAAAAAGCGAUACCAAGACGACGCGUCGCUCGAGAUGCUCUACUCGAACGGCGGCGACGGGAGGGCUUGCGCAAGCAAGGUCGGUGCCGUGGGCGGUUAUCCGGGUGCCGAAGCGUUCUACCCCGGGGUGACGGUUGGAGGCUUCAAGGACCCGACAGCGCAGGCCGCGAGGGGUGCUAAAGGUGGCGCCGCGGGGGAGCUAGCGGGUCGAGCGACGAGGGUGGCGUUGAUUCAGCAGAACCCAGCCAAGUACCGCCUCAUUGGUCAAAAGGUAAGCCUUGGAACGAAUGAGCAUCUGGCGACGUCGCGACCAUGGCAUCCUAACUGACUCCGCUCCCCUAAUGGGGUUCCACCACCCUAACCCGCUUGCGAUGUUUGACGUCGUUGCCCCUCCCCCCCCCCCCCCCCCCGACGACAGGCCGUUGCAGUCGCCAACGACGUCAAACAUCGCAAGCGGAUGCAGAAACUGUUAGACGGUACCUGGGAAGUGAGCACGCUCCUCUCUCCUCGUCUGCCAUCGGCACCUGCAGACCCACCACUGGAUCCAUCAACCCAUCCUGACCUUUGCUUUGUCGCCUCUGCCGUGCCAGGUCAAGUCGGUCCACCCGCGGGAGGCGCACGUCGUCGUCACGAAGCGGUACAAACACAGCAAAUACUUCAAGGUCGUCAAGCGAGACAAAAAGGGGUGGUAUAGCUUGGAGGGGCGCCAGCUCAAAGCCUUCGUCAAGGUCGCCGUUCCCCAGAUUUUCGCGGCCGAGCCAAACUGGAGUGCAACGCUGCGUGUCGUCGACGCGACGACCGGCCUCGCGGUCAAAGAGUGGGCCUUUGACCGCGACCACACGCGCUACGCGCCGAGCAAGCCGGGACCCCAGAAUCCGUUUGGUCCAGAGCUCUCGGACACGACCCGAAACCACUUCAGCGAUCUCGCCAAGGAUAUCCCUGGCUUUCUUCAGCUUACGACGGCAAAGGCGUUGCCGGGGGCGCGAGUGGCCGAGCUCCCCGCCAGUGCCGAGUCGAUCGAAAUGGUUGACGAGGCGGACCCUGACGACGACGACGACGAGUACGCACUUGACGCCCCCGAUGACCCUGUUCCGAGCACGUGCCGCAUAGGCGCCUCGUCAUCGUCCAAUCCAUUCAAUACCGCCACACGGGUCGGCACCGGUUCCCCUCCGGUCCAAGUUCGGCCUCCCCUUCCACCGGUGGUCGACCCCCACAUGCUCGAUCUGACCUCGACAACGCCGAUCACGAGUACCUCGACCUCACCCUCGACGACGCGAACUCUGAAUCGGAUUUCAUCGACUUGACCCUCGACGCCCUUGAGCCCGCCCCCAAACGCUAUCGCCGCAACUUCAACGACGGUACUUUGAGGACCUGGCUAAAGAGCGCAGGGAGGGCAUGA